GCAGGAAGUUCAAUUUACUCGAGUCACAGCAUCCUGAGAGGCGAUAACCUGACAGGUGGGCAACAUGAGGAGGUACAAAAGGUAAGAUAUAGGUAGGAUAAAUAAAGUUAAGAAGAUGUCACACACCAAAAGAGUCUUCUGUUAACUGAAGGAGAUUAUUAAUGAGAUUAAUGAGCGUUUAACGGUCAGUCACUCCGGAUGACCGUCAAGUGGUUAGCUUUAGCAUCAGCGAAGUUAGCUCAGGGUUCGUCUCGUCUCAAUUCUAUGUAAAAUACAGUGAGAAAAAUAACAUAAUCUAGUUUGGAGCAGUUGGCCCUCAUUUAUCAAGCUUGCGUACGGCAGAAAACUUGCGUACAAUUUGCGUAGGAAAAUUUUGACGUGAGGAUCAGCGCUAACAAUCUGCACUUGAGCGUACACUACGACCAAAUCUCACGACAGGUCUGACAUCGUGUACGUGAGUUUGAGUCAGUGUGGAUCUGCGGUGCAGCAAAUGUCUGUCUCAAAAUAAUUGAUAAACAAACCUCAAACUUGUCAUUAAGCACAAUCAGACAGAUUUCAUUAAAGAUUAAGACGUAAAUAAAAUAAAAUGAAAUUGUUAUGUACUUAGUGAAUACGCCUAUUUGAUAACUAUGCCCAGAAACACUGCCACAGAGUAAGAGCGCCAUUUUAACAUUACGCACACCCGCCACUGUGGAACGCUGCGUUUGACUCCUAAAAGGCAGGUGUCUCUGUCUUGGCCCAGUAGUGGGGAUGUUGUUGUACAUUUCCUGAAAGCCUGUGGGACAUCAUUUAGGCCAGUACAGUUUUACAUAAUGUUGCACUGGCGAAUGGAGUGCCGUUGGCUGUGCCGGUCCAACGGGAGGACCCGAUGCCCGGAGAACGAUAACGAGGAGAGACUCCACAAAGGUGGUGUACAUGGUGGUGUGGUGACAUGUAAAGUAUAAGUUUAGAAAGUGCUCUUGCUAUUUAAUCAGUGAUAAAAAUCCAAUAGAAAUCCAUAAAAAUGUGCCACAGGGGCAGCAACACACCGUUUGGUGACGUUAAUAAUUAUUUUUGUUUAGCCUCUGUCAGACUCUCCAGUCUGCUCUACAUAACAAAGACGCAACAAAUUAAAACUAAAUACUUUCAAUAAUAGGUGCAAUGUACCCUAUGUCAUGGCAAUAAAAAUAUGAGGCAUGUUUGAGAUAUUAAUUUAUCAUCAUGAGCAACUUAUUGACUAAUGAUUUAUUCAAACUUCAGCCACUGUCCGCUAUUCCGCGACAGCACUGUUCACCGCCACCAUAAUCCUGCUCCAGACAGGAGUUUUCUGGACUGCUUUUAUACCAGUUUUGAUGCUUUCAAAGAGCAAAUCCUUGUUAGUUUCCUCCACAGAUGUGAGGAUAUCCACUCUCAGCUCGGAAAAAUUAAUGACGAUCGAUUUCAGCCGCCACAUUUAUCAAGACCCAAUCAUACGUAAAUUGGGAUUGGUCAGAUAUGAACCCUUUCAUAAAUCUCAAGUGUGUCCUAUCGUAUGAUGAAUCCUGCACUCACAUCUGCGCUCAGUUCUACGCAAGAUUGAUAAAUGAGGGCCAUUGUGUAGAUAUUAUGUAGAAUUGUUAAUGAUUACAAAGUAUGGUGACUAUGGAUUAAAAAAAACAGCAUAUUUAAUCAUUUAAUACCAAGACUCCUCUGUGAUCAUUUAAAAGAUAGCCUAUUUACUGGAGUCCACAGUUUUGUUUAUGAUAUCAAGUGAAAUGUAGUUUCAUAACUGCCCAAUAGACUGCAACCAUAUGAAAGAGGAAAGUAUUUUCCAAAAAAAGCUAAACUCAGGUAAAAUAAAGGAUAUAAUAUCAAUUACACUUUAAAGUUCGGAGUAGGUUGAGCAUAUUCCUUAUUCAUUGUGAGUAAAUGCUAUGCAGAAUAACAUCAGAGCUGUUUUGUAUUAUUAAAACUAAUUACAAUCGGGUAAGUACAUGAAGUUUAUUCUGAAAUUUUUCUUCAGGUUUUGUUUAGGAGGUGACCGCUAUUGACGCUGCCACCAUGGUGGGCUCCGAAGAUCAGGAGUAAGUAACAGAAUCUCACAUCUAUGAACAUUACUCUUUGAUUACAUUGUAAAUGCGUUAUUGAUUGGUUUUCAAGUUUACAGAUAAAGUUGAUUUAUGAUAUGAUUUCAAAAGUAACAGCUUAUUAGAUUUCUAUUUAGGUUUUUAUUCUGAUUUAUCAUUCCCUUGGAAACUGUCAGUAUUUCUGUGUGUAUUUAUCUGAACUUUUUCAAUCAUUUGUAUAAACAAAAUCAAAUACAGUGUAAGGAAAUCAUGAAAUAAGUAAAUGCAAUGCCACUUAAAAUGAUUAUAGAUAAAAAAAAAAAAAAACUUCCACAGAGCUUUUGGUGUGGCCGUAUUUAUAAUACGUUUUCCUUGCAGCCCAUAAUAUCUUCUGUCUGUGAAAGUCCAGUUGUGAUGAAAGUACCUGCAGACAAAAGUCACACAACUAAACAGAAAAACUAGUGCCAAUGGCAUAUUACUGCAAUGCACUGCAUAACCUGCUAUGUGUUUAAAAAUUGCGAUAUUACAAAAACAUGUUUAAUUUUAAGUGUCAGAAUCAAUUUUGAUUGGCAUUAAUGGGAUAAUCUCUUGAACUUAUGUUAUAUUAGGAACGGGGAGGGCUCAGCACAGGCCCAGUUUUGCUCUGUGCUUGGCUCUGAGGCCUUGUAGUAAAUAGCUUUAACCUAAGAAUUAAAAAAGUACACACAUUACUGAAAUAAGUCAUUUAAAUUUGCAGGUCUCAGACUUCUGAAGAUUCUGGACCAUGUGCUCUUUGGCCAGUGAACCUCAAGUUAACUCACCUGGAUUGGAACCCUGAAGCAACCCUAAUACACUUCCAGGGACAGUACCUUACCACAUGUGAACUUGACUACAGUAUCUUGCAAGGAGAAAUACAGAAUAUGCCAAAGACUAAAGCUGUAGUGGGUAUUGGAGAGUUCUGCCUUGUCGAAGAUGUGCUCAAUGCCAGAUGGUAUAGAGGAAGGGUUCAGAACCAAACAGAGGGCUUGUUCGAUGUGUUCCUGAUAGAUCAUGGUUAUGUGCUGAGCGUAAACAUUGCCCACAUAUCCUCCUGUUCAAGUGACCUUUUCAUCCUGCCUCCCAAGAUAGUGUGUGGCUUUCUUGCAAAUGUGCUUCUGCUUCAAGGUUGUCCUCACUCUGUAGUGCAGGACUACCUUGCAAACCUGAUAGGAAAAAGUGUCACAGGUUACAUUCAAGCCCUUCUUCCCCACAAAGUGCUACUGCUUGAAGCCCCUGACAUCAACAUAGACCUGGUUAGACAUGGGUUUGGGAGGCAUGUGGACUCUGAUACUUUCCUCUUCUUGGUUGAGAUGCUCACAGAAGUGUGUCUUAAACAAAUCAUUGCACCAGUUCCUGACUUACUCAUUGAAAAGCCAAGAGGACAAGAGUAUAGUUUUAAACCACCUGAUUUCCGGGCACAUGAACAAAUUGUGUCAUUCUGUGGACCUACAAUGCCCAGUGGGUUGCAAGUCAAAGUGCGUGUGACUGCUGCUGUCAACGAUGGGCUGUUUUACUGUCAGAUGGCUGAUAAGGAAAAAGAUCUUCAGGAAAUGUCAAAGAAGCUGGCCGGGGUUUUUGAAUUCAGAACCAAAAAUCACAGUCAAAUGACUCCAGAAACCCUUGGCUUGCUUUGUUCUGUCAAGAGAAAAGAUGGAAAAUGGUACAGAGGAUUUGUCCAGUAUCUCCCAGUGAAUGCCCAAGUUCGAGUUUUGUUCAUUGACUAUGGGUUCUUUGAAUCUGUACAAGUUGAGAAUAUCCACAGUUUGCUAUCAGAUAUCUCCUCAACACCCAUCAUGGCGUUCCCAUGCUCACUCUCAUCCCUCACUGACCAGGAUGAGGCCCUCAAAACUCAGCAGCGAAGUUUCCUAAAGGAAGGCUUGCUUGGAAAGGUAUUGGAAGUAAACAUCAGAAGUUUUGAUGAAGAAAAGCAUGUCUAUUCCAUCACAGUGAUCGGUGCUGAAGAUAGUCAUACACAAAAAACAGAGCUUAUUCAGGUGAUUCCUGACAUGAAGGAUAAGUCUGUUUUUGGGAAGGAAGAACAAUUAACUCAGGGUAGCUAUUUAACUGUUGAGGCAAUCGUGAGAAAAACUUUGGGUCAGACAGUUGAAGAAGAAAAGAUCCAAGUAGGCUCUGUCUUUUUGGGGUAUGUUGAGCAUGUCCAUAAUCCCAACCAGUUCUGGAUCAGAACACAAAAGCGCAAUGAGGAGUUUGAAGAAAUGAUGAGAAAAAUGACAGAACAUUUCAGUCAAGUAAAGCUAGAUGAAGAUGUACUGUUGAAUCCUGUGCCUGGGACCAUGUGCUGUGCAGUUUAUGAAAAAGACAUGCAUUUCUAUAGGGGUGUAGUAACAGACACUCUCGAACACGGAGCUGAAGUUCUCUUUAUCGAUUUUGGGAACACUGAGAAAGUGCCACACAUGUUGAUCAAGAAGAUACCCCAGAUAUUUGCCAGGAAAUCAGCAUUUGCCUUUUGCUGCACACUUGUCAAUGUUGUUCCUUUGGAUGAUGAGUGGUCCAGCGCCACCUCUGACUUUUUCAAACAAACCGUCUUAAACAAAGCUCUGUUAGUCCAUGUUGUCCAGAUGAGGAAAAACAAGUUUGUUGUGGAUCUCUGUGAGGUGGAGAGAGAAAACAAUCAAAAUAUCACCCAGCUUCUGAUCUCCUCAAAACAAGCUGAAUUCUGGAACAAUAUUCCCACUGAGCCUGUGGUGCAGAAAAGCGCAGGAAAAAAAUCCAGUUACACAAGAUCUGACAGAGCAACAGAGAUGAAUGGGUGUAGCAGGCAGUGGGGGAAAUGUAAAGAGGAAGGGAAAACUGGUGAAAAGAAAACUGAAAAGUCCCAACCCCUGGUCAGCUUCAAAGCAUUAGACAUCAGGCCAGGGUAUGACUUCGCUGUGCAGUGCAGUAACAUCAGCACUCCAUCAGAUUUCUGGUGCCAACCUGCAGAGAAGGUUCGAGACUUGGAGGGACUAAUGGAUGAAAUUCAACAAUAUUACUCAACUCACAGAGCCCCCCUCAAACCAGAGGAGUCAUGUUGUGUGGCAAAGUCAGCUCAGGAUGAAAGAUGGUAUAGGGCCUGUUUGAUAGAAAAGCAGAAAGACCAUGUCAAAGUGAUUUUGGUUGACUACGGCCUUACCAUCACAACCAAGGAGCACAAUCUGCAGGCAAUAAUGCCACAGUUUGUCCAUUUGGAAGGGCAGGCUUUUAAAUGCAGCCUGUACAACAUCAUUGAACCUGCUGAUCCCAAGUAUUCAGGAGAUUGGAGCCCAGAGGCGCUUAACUUAAUGAAGGAUUUCAUUAGCACCAGUGACCUAAGAUGUACAGUUGUCUCACAGCUGGUUUUCAUGAACCAAUUACUGUACAAUGUUGUCGACCUUCACAACCCCCAAACCAAACAAAGCAUCUCAAAACUCCUCUUGGAGAAGGUGCUGGCAAGACAAGUGACGAUCUCAGCAAAGCAUCUUUCAACUGUGUUUCCUGAGUCUUUUACCUACUCCUCAUUUGAUCUUGCUCCUGGAAAAGAAGAACAGGUUUUCAUCACUCAUGUAAGCAACCAUUGUGAGGUCUACUGCCACCUUGAGAGAAACUCCAAAAAUAUUGAAGAGCUUGAGAACAAAAUCCAAGAGCAGAGGGAAAAAAUGACACAAGACAGCACAAGAGCUGCUGUGGAGACGCUUUGUUUAGCAAAAUACUUGGAUGGCAAAUGGUACAGGUGUUCGGCAUAUCCCGUUCAGUCACCUCUGCAUCUCAUUGUGUUUUUUGUGGAUUAUGGAAACACUAGCAUAUUAGAGAAGACUCGUGUCUUGUUCAUCCCCAGAGACUCAGUUGAGUUGUUGUACACUCCCAUGCAGGCUGUGAGAUGUAGCCUUGCUUCAGUGUCCAAGGGGGAAUUCUUUCCAGAUGUGAAGAAAUGGCUUGACAGCACCAUUCUCAACAAGAAAGUGAGAGCCAUCAUCGCUGGAAAGAGUGAUGAUGGCUCAGUUGAUGUUGAAAUGUUUGAUGGAGAUGUAAACAUCAACGAGAAGGUGAAAGAGCUUAUUCUCAGUCUUCAACCCCAACCAAAACCAGUUGUGAGUUUUGAGACAAGCAACACCAGGAUGAACAAUGAAACCCUCCAGGAAAGAUGCAAAAAAGGUUCCUUUAAGAGCAAAAAUCCACACAAGGUCCAGUUACCAAAAUCUCCCACAUCUAAGGCCCACAUUGGCAGAAGAGUUGGGAGGGAAACUUGUAAAAAGACUGAAAACACAAAAAAUGCUCGCAGCAAAAAUCAGUUCAAGAGCACAAAAGCCAACCAUAAUAUGAAAAGUAACACAGAAAGUUGUGUACCUGUGAAACCCCAGGACAACUCCAAAGUACAAGAAGGAGAGAAGCUUGGCACAAAACCAGAAAUCAACUAUCCACAAUCUUCAGAAGAAAUGAAGAUUCCUCAGCUCUCAUCUUUGCCUAAAGGGGAAGUCUGUGCUGGUUUCAGGGCUCAGUGUUUUGUCAGCCAUGUCGACUCAGUCAACAAUUUUUUCCUUCAGCUGUCCAAGGAUGAACCGACCAUCUUGAAAAUGGCCGAAGAUCUCAACUCAAAUACCUUUAGAGAUUCCUUAAAGACUGUGUCACCUUUGAGAAGUAAUGGCCUUGUUCUAGCGGAGUAUGAAGAAGAUGGUGCUCUGUAUCGUGCUGUUGUGAAGGACUGCAAAACAAACCUCGAAGUUGAGUUUGUGGACUAUGGAAACUCAGCAGUCAUUGGGAAGGAGAAGAUCUACUCCAUACCAGUGGAAUUCCUCUCUCAGCAUCGAUUAAGCAUACCAUGCUCUCUGUUGGAUGCCAGCAUGUAUGAAAAUGACGAGUCUUUCAUGGAAGCUGUCAUGGAGAAGCCCCUCUUGGUUGAGUUUGUCAGUGAGUGUGAAUCUUGGUGGAAAGUCAAGGUUGAGAUACCUGAAGAAGCAAAUGGCCUUCCAGUUGCAAUUGAAACCAUUGUUGCAAGCAGUACCAAAACCGAAAAAGAAAGGGUGACCCCUGAGAGUGAAUUGGAAGUGAAAGAGAAUGUGAGAUCCUGUGAAGAGAACAGCUUUACAGAAGCAGAGAUCCAAUGCAGAACAAUGGCACCCCAAAAGACACUGCCUACUGUGAUAGAGACAGCCAUGACCCUAGAACCACCAUUGAAGCCAUGGUCACCCAAAGUGGGGGUGAUUCCUUGCAGACGCCGCAGAAGAACAACUACCAGAAACAUAACUGGUUUAAAGAAGAGUCUGGUAAAAAUAGAAGUGAAGUCCUUUGUCAGAGCAAAGAGUGAUCGGGCAAUCAUUCCGAAAACUAUUCAAGCUAAAGACACCGAAAAUGCCACAAUUCUGUCAGUCCUGAGUGACGGCAGUUUUUAUGUCAGACUAAACAAGGCAAGUAAAGUACUUGCUGCACUGGAAAAUCACAUAGCUGACAAUCUUCAUGAGUGCAAGAUGAUGGCUGUGGAGGAUGUCAAGAAAGACCUCCAGUGUUUGGCCCAGGUAGACAAGGACAGGCCGUGGCACAGGGCUGUCAUUCGAGGUGUAGACCGGGGGAAGUGCUGGGUCUUUCUGGUAGAUCAUGGCAGACUGGAAGAAAUCCCAAAUAGUUCAAUUCGACAAAGCUGUGGUGACUUGAAAAAAAUCCAUAACCUUGCAGUUUUAUGCAAGGUGAACUGCCUCAGUUUUGGUGAGGGAGAGAGUGCUGACAAACUGGUAUGUGAAACCCUCAAAUCAAUGAUAGGCAAAGAAGUAAAGUUGGUGUUUGCGAGUUAUUUAGAUGCUGAUGAUCUUUGGAUGGUUGAGAUAGUUUUAAACGGACAGUUCCUUAUUACUCCAACCUCACAGCAGGAGAAAGAGGACAUCACUUCAACAGCUACUGACACCAGGAAUGACAAAGGAGGAAAACUGCAGUUGAACACAGACACAGGCCAUCUUCAGCAACUUGUCUUUGCUCCUGUUGAUAUUGACCAAGCAUACUCUGGGUUUGCUGCCGCAGUGACGACUCCAUAUGAGUUUUGUGUUGUUUUGGAAGACUUGCUUCCCAUGAUGAACAAGGUGCCUGUGAUAAUGGAUGACCUCCCUGAGCAGAUGUCUCCUCUUCCUUACUCCCACCUUGUUUCUGGCAAAUGCUGCCUGAUAAAAUCCCAGUCCAAGGACAAAUGGUGCAGGGCUGAAAUUGUAAGCCUGGACUCCACGGUGGUUCUGUACUUGGUGGAUUAUUGCCUUUAUGAAUACGUGCCGUAUGACAACAUUUCAAAGCUGAAGAUUCUUCCAGAGGAGAUAACAAACCUCCCGAAGAUGACAUACCCCUGCAUCCUGAGGGGGGUCAAGCCAGUGCAAGUGGAUGGACAUUGGACUGAUGAGGCAGCAGUCUUCUUUCAGCAAUGUUUGUACCAGAAGAACCUCCACAUCUUCUUCAGGGAGUUUGUGUCAAAUACACACUGGAAGGUGGACAUUUUGGCUGAUGGACUCCAUGUUGCCCAAGAGCUGGUGGAUGCUGGACAUGCCAGUUACACAGACAUCAUGCUAGGACUAAGGUAUGCUCCUGCUGAUUUAUAAAAAAGUUUUACUGAUGUUUUUCAAAGAACAUAGUCCACAAUUGAUUUGAUUCUUUAUACAAUGCGAAAAAGAUGUUCAGUUGUGAACGCCACUGUGGAUACCAGUAUCAGUGUUUGAGCUGAUAUUUGAUGUAUUUUUCUGAGUUGCUAGACCCUUCUUUGAAGCUUCUCAUAAACUUCCUUUAUUUGUGAUACAUUUAGGUUUCAGGAACAGAGACUGUGUGAAGCUUCUAACAUUGAUGAAGAGUAUGCUCAGGACAAUGUCAGUUCUGAUGGGAAGUCAGAUCCUUGGGUUGAGUUUACUGAUGAAGCAGAGGAGAAGAUGCCACUGGACUUAAUGCCUAGAUCCAGAAAAUGUAAGCAUGACAGUUUACCUGACAAUGGCUCAAAAUGAAUUUGUUACACUUAAGUUUAGAUACUUAAAUGACAUGGGAAGGCUGAUCAAGUACUGGUGGGAAAAAUGUCAAUACAUGAAAGACAUGCAAGAAAUUAUUUGGUAAAUGUUAAGGUGGGACAUGAUGUCAUUUAUAGUCCUGUUAAUCUGUUUUCUCUCCUUUUUACAGGCUUCCUGAUGUGAAGGUGGUCUGCUUGAGGCCUCCCAUCCAACUAACUUUAGAUGACUCGGCUGGGAAGCUGUUUGCUUUAUUCUUUGGUUGAAGGACCUCUGCAUGUCUGCGUUUUGAGAGUGAACUUUGUAGCCACAGUGAAAAAAAAAAAUAGAGAUUUACGACAUCUAAGGUUUGAAAAUGUUACUUUUAAUUACCUUGAAAUUUUAUUGUGUUUGUGUGUUCUUAUGUAAAAUAUUUUAUUUUGUUAAAGUGCUUUAUUGAGAUUUGUUCAGCUAGCGGCGCCAUGGUUUUGUAUUAAAAAAGGAGCAAUCUUACAUGUUAAUCUGAGUUAAAGAAGGUGUUUCUAUAUGUUGAUGACUGGUGGAUAUGUGUACAAUUUGCUUUUGUUGUAGUCAGUCAUAUAUUUUGUUGAAUUUAGAAUGAAAGCUUUUAGAGUAGUCUG